GGACUGUUUUAUGCCGUCUUAAUCUCUUUCAACAAACUCAAUCAAAAGGAUUCAAAGUCUCGGCGAGGAAGCUUGCGUCAAGGCUUCAAAAACUUCCUCAUAAAGGCGAGGGUUCUUUGGCUGAACGUUUUAGCUAUCAGAUGGAGAGCAUUAGUAAGUGGGACUUAGAAUCAGUCAGAACGUAUUACUCCGUUGAACCUCGUGAGAAGUUUCAAGAAGACAAGUAUCUAGACGGUAGCCUCGUUGAUCGUCUUGAAGCCGAGUUAUGGAAGGCUCAAUCUAGAAUCAAAGAGCUUGAGACAGAAAAGUUUGGAACAAAGGAAAAUAUCAGACGUUUCAUCGGAAACGAAAGAAGAUUCCGGGAAGAAAUUAACAAUGAUCCAUUUGUUGAUUACUUGAAGGAGAAGUUAAGCAAAGAGAGGGAAGCGAGGAAAAGAGCUAAUGCUGAGAAUUCUGUGUUGAAGAAGAAGAUGCUGGCCAUGGAAUCAUCAGUGAAUCGGUUGAGGAGAGAAAGAGACACAAUGGAGAAGGUGUGCGAGGAACUGGUGACGAGGAUUGAUGAACUGAAAGCGGAAACAAAGAGAAUAUGGGACCAGACGGAGGAGGAGAGGCAGAUGUUGAAUAUGGCUGAGAUGUGGAGAGAGGAGAGGGUUAAGGUUAAGUUGAUGGAUGCGAAGCUUGCGUUGCAAGAAAAGUAUGAGGAGAUGAAUUGGUUUGUGGAUGAGUUAGAGAAAUGUUUGGACAUGGCGAGAGAAGUAGGAGGAAUUGAAGAGAUGAGGUUGCGAAGAGGUGAAGGUUUGAUUAAAAGGGCGAGAUCUAUGGAAUUUGCAGCCAAGAAGAUGGACUUUGAGAGAUUUAAGUUUGUGUCUGAUGAAGAUAAUUAUCAUGUAUAA